AAUAAUUGAUUCAUUAGAAAAGUAAUGGGAAUCAUACCUACUCAAAGCAACGUUGAGUCAAAAGCAUGACCAUUUCGUGACUAAUACUUAAAAUAUCUUCUUUCUCUUUGCAGAUUGAUAUGUGUGUGUCUGCACGUUAACCAAUCAUGGGAAUAAGCUCCAACCCUUAAGCAUUUGAAGAAGUCAAGAACAAGAAGAAGAAGAGACUCAUGGAAGAGCUUCAAGAUCCUGAACGAGGAGGCGAGAUUCGAACCCUCGAAGUCAAGCAACGCAAAUGGUGGAUCUCAGUUUUCUUCUGCGGUUUCUUGAUCUUCACCGGAGACUCUCUCGUCAUGCUUCUCUUGAACUUCUACUACGUCCAAGACAAACGAUCAGAGAGUGAUCAAAACCGACAGUACAGAGGAACAUGGACGCAAGCUCUGCUCCAAAACGCUGCGUUCCCGAUCCUGAUCCCACUCUUCUUCCUAUUCCCUUCACCAAAACAAAAAACAGAACCAGUCUCUUCUGAUCCUCCUCCCUUUCUUCGUGUUCUCUCCCUAUACGUUUCUCUCGGUGUUCUUGUUUCCGUUCACAGCAAGUUAUACGCGCUGGCGAAACUAUACGUAGGUUGGGGUAUCUUGGUAUCAACGCAGCUGAUACUCACCUCCUUAUUCUCAGCUUUUAUAAACCGUCUCAAGUUCAACAGAUGGAUCAUCGUAUCGAUAACCUUCACUCUUGCGGCAGACUUCUUCGGCUCCCCUGCGUUUUCUGGAGCUCCUGACGAAGAUGAAUCUUAUACUUACGGCAUCAAGGCUUGGCUGAUACUCAUAUUCCCUACUCUCGCCUUCUCCUUGUCUCUUUCCCUAAUGCAGCUCGGGUUCGAGAAAGUUUUGGUGAAGACAAAGAGGUAUGGUGACAAGAAGGUGUUCCGGAUGGUGUUGGAGAUGCAAAUCGUUGUUUCCUUUAUAGCUGCACUCAUUUGCCUUGUGGGUUUGUUUGCGAGUGGUGAGUUUAAGGAGUUAAAGGGAGAUAGCGUGAGGUUUAAGAAAGGGGAAGGUUAUUAUGGUCUGAGUUUGGUCGGGCUAGCUAUCUCUUGGCAGGUUUGGGCGGUGGGGCUGUUAGGUCUUGUGCUCUUGGUGUCUGGUGUAUUCGCUGAUGUUGUUCAUAUGUGUGCUUCACCGGUUGUGGCUUUGCUUGUUGUGUUGGCUUUUGAUUUUAAGGAUGAUGAGUUUGGUUGGCAGAGAAGAGGUGCUUUGCUAGGAUCAGUCUUGGCUCUAGCUUCUUACUCUUAUUCACUGUAUAAAACAAAGAAGAAGGAUGUCGCAGAACUGAACAAAAGAGAGCUCAACAAUAGUGAAGCUUAGUUUCUCUGCUUUUGCCUACAAUAUAUGUAUAGAUGAUACUCUUAUUACUUUAUGUGUCAUGCAGAUACAGAUACUUUGUUUGUCUAGCAAGUGUCCUUGAAUGAUUUAAACGUUGUAUGCAUCCAAAUGAGAGACUAAAUACAUCCCUGAUGACUAUAUCUAUCUCAAUAACAGCUAUAAGUAAGACCCUCUUGCAGCA